GCUGCUUGCUGCCGGGGAAACGGAGUUCUGAGGGUGUAGGGAAUUGUGCCGGUGCGCUAGAAACUCCCGCCAUUUCGACAAGGAAUUAACCUCUUGAUUGAUCCAGGUUAUUUUUUCAUAACGCUUGCUAACGCUGUUAUCUGACAGGAAGAAACUCCGGCAGUACGAAAAUGCAGCGAAGACAAGUGAUUAAACAGGAGCAGGCCUAGUUUGAAGAAGACUUGGGGACUGCACAGCGCGCCAGACCUCCUGCCGAGCUGAGCUUCGGCUGUUGCCGCGAGUUUGAUUUCAGUGUGGUUUUGCAUCCUUUCAUGUCCAGCCGGAGCUAAAAGUUUACCAACUAUCUCGAAAGACAAGUCCAGCAACCUGUUUUAUACCCAAGACAUAGCGUGAAACCAUCAUGACACCGCUACUAGAGGAGAGAAGAAGGAUGCGAUGAGGCUGCUGGCAAUAAGCGCACUGUUAUUGUUUUGCAACGAGAUAGCGAUCCAGCCUACUAGCUAGUCAGCUAGCUGCUACACGUUGAGUGCCGGGCCUGCCGGCGGUAACGUGAGACGUGCUAACGCAUUUCGGGACACUUGGAUACAUGCUAAGGACAUAUUAUUGUAUAUUAUUACACUAAAUUGCUUCUGGAAGAUCUGAAUUUAGCGUUGGCACCCGUGCCAUCCGUGGAUCUGAAAUGGCACCGCUUUUGGGCCGGAAACCUUACCCGCUGGCUAAGCCGCUAGCCGAGCCACCAGGCCCGGGAGAGGAGGUCUACAUCAUCGAGCACACCAAGGAGGCCUUCAGGAACAAAGAAGAGUAUGAGGCACGCCUGCAGAGGUACAGCGAGCGCAUCUGGACAUGCAAGAGCACUGGAAGCAGCCAGCUGACACACAAAGAGGCAUGGGAAGAGGAACAAGAAGUCACUGAACUGCUUCAAGAGGAGUAUCCCCAGUGGUUUGAGAAGCCGGUCCUCGAGAUGGUCCACCACAACACAGUGUCUUUAGACAAACUGGUUGAAAUGGCCUGGGUGGAAAUCCUCACCAAGUAUGCUGUGGGAGAAGAGUGUGACUUCUUGGUGGGGAAGGACAAAAGUUUGCGAGUGAAGGUGGUGAAGAUCCACCCCUUAGAAAACCCAGAGGGUGAGACGGGGGAGAAGAAGCUUGAAGGGGCCUGCGACUCUCCAUCCAGCGACAAAGAGAAUGCAAGUCAAGAGAACCAGAGGAAGGAACCUCCUCCCAGAGAGGAGGAGAAUAGGAGGGAGAGUCUCAGUGACAGAGCACGGCGUUCUCCAAGGAAACUUCCCACUGCCAUGAAGGAAGAGAAGAAGAAGUGGGCAAUGCCUAAAUUCCUUCCUCAUAAAUAUGACGUGAAGCUCAUCAACGAGGAUAAGGUGAUCAGUGAUGUCCCAGCUGACAGUCUUUUCCGAACAGAGCGCCCUCCAACCAAGGAGAUCAUGCGCUAUUUCAUUAGGCACUAUGCUCUGAGGCUGGGCAUGGGAGAGAGUGCUCCCUGGGUGGUUGAGGAUGAACUGGUGAAAAAGUUUAACCUGCCCAGCAAAUUCAGUGACUUUCUCCUUGAUCCACACAAGUUUUUAGCAGAGAAUCCCUCAGCGAAGCGUAAGAGCUUGACGUCUCCAGAGGGUAAACCCAGCAAGAAGCUCAAGACCUCCGACACACCAGGAGAGGACUCAGGAAAUGAGAAGGGAGAGAAGAAAAGGAAAAAGAAGAAAGACGCCUUAGGCAUGCCCCUCAGUCCCACCAUCUGGGGCCACAUGCAGAAAAUAAAAAUGAAUGGUUCUCCACUCAAGGUUAAGAACUCUGGAACUCCUAAGAAAGGCGAAGGCAAAGGCUCUGCACCCUCCACCCCGAAGUCAGGCAGAAAGUCUGGGGAAAAGAAAGAAGGAAAGAAGACUGGAAAGAACGGUGAUAAGAAGCUCAAUGUGCUCAAAGCCUCUAAAAAGGAUGGUAAAGCUGGUGCCAAGACACCGAAGAUGAAGCAGAUGACUCUACUACAUCUGGCCAAGAGCACUCCUGCUGGGAGUCCUAAAAAGAGAGCCCGUAGCACCAGCAUGGGUACACCUAAACUGGGGAAGCCACUGCACCCUAUGGCUCUCCACCUCCUUCGUUACUAUAAGGAGAACAAGGGCAAAGAGGACAAAAAGAACUCGCUCUCCUCCCUCAUCUCCAAGGCCGCAAAGACCUUAUCCCCCGAUGAUCGUGGCCGUCUGCCAGAGGAGCUCCAGGAGCUGGUGCAGAAACGCUGGGAGCUUCUGGAACAAAAGAAACGAUGGGCAGCCAUGAGUGAAGAGGAAAGGCAGGAAGAGAUGAAGAAGCGGCGUGAGGAGCUCAAAGAGAAACUGCGAGAAAAGGCUAAGGAGAGACGGGAGAAGGAGAUGCUGGUCCGCCGCGAACAGUCACGCAGAUACGAGGACCAGGAAAUCGAAGGUGGCAAGACCCUGCCGGCGUUCAAGCUUGUAGACAUGCCUGAGGGUUUGCCCAACACCCUGUUUGGUGAUGUGGCCAUGGUCGUGGACUUCCUCCACUGCUAUGCAGGGCUGCUGAUGCCGGAUGAUCAGUAUCCCAUCACAGCUGUGGCUCUGAUGGAAGCACUGGCCGGGGAACGGUCCGGCUUCCUCUACCUGAACCGCGUGCUGGUGGUCCUGCUCCAGACGCUGCUGCAGGACGAGCUGGCAGAGGGCUACAGUGAGCUCGAUAUGCCCUUAUCUGAGAUCCCCCUCACUAUGCACUCAGUGUCAGAGCUGGCACGAUUGUGUCUGCGCCCAUAUGACGCUCAUGGCGAGGAGAGCGGCCAGGGCUCCGAGGACUCUGGGCCCAUGGGGGGUUUUGAUGAUGUGGUGACCAGUGAGUUCCUGGAGAAGCUUGAGACAAUCGAGGUGUUUGAGCUGAGCCCCGAGGAGAAGGUCAGCCUACUGGUGGCACUGUGCCACCGCAUCCUCAUGACCUACUCAGUGGAGGACCAUGUUGAUGCAAUGCAGCAGCGGUCAGCUGAGCUGUGGAAAGAGCGCCUAGCGAUGCUGAAAGAGGUCAAUGACCGUAAGAAGGCUGAGAGGAAGAAACGGAAGGAGAUGGAGGGCAAAGGUGAAAAGAAAAAAGAUGGGGCUGCUAAGAAGGAGGCCAAAAAAGAAGUAAAGGUGGAGCUGGAGCCAGAGCCAGAGGACAUGAUCAGCUCAGUGAAGAGCCGGAGGCUGAUGGCGAUGCAAGCCAAGAAGGAGAAGGAGGAGAUGGACAGGCAGAACAAAGAGCGUAUGGAGAAGGAGGCUGAAGAGGAGCGGAUGCGUAAACAGAGGGCUGCUGCAGAGAGGGCCUUCCAGGAUGGCAUAACCAAAGCCAGACUCGUCAUGCGCAGGACCCCACUGGGCACAGACAGAAAUCAUAACAGAUACUGGCUUUUCUCUGACGUGGUUCCUGGUCUGUACAUUGAGAAAGGCUGGGUGCAUGAGAGCAUCGACUACAGCUUCACUCCUCCACCCGAGGACAAACCAGCUGAGCCUGAGGUGGAAGAGGAGGAGGAUGGUGAGUCGACCGCUCCUCAUGAGUCACAAGGAGCUGAAAAGGAUGAUGGUAGCAUAGAUGGUGCUAUUAGUGAAGGAGCCCAGCAGGGAGCAGCAGCAGAUGUCUGUAUAGAAACCACUGUUCCCAAACAGGGACAGAACCUCUGGUUCGUAUGUGACAACCUGGCUGAGCUGGAGGAACUGGUGGAAAGUCUUCAUCCUCAGGGGGUCAGAGAGAGUGAAUUGAAGGCAAAGAUACAAAGCAGAUAUCAGGAAAUUCUCCACUCUAUCCAUCUGACCCGUAAGGGCAAAAUGGGCCUCAGGACCUGUGACGGCUAUGCAGAGCUUCUCAAAUACCUGCGCAGUGACAUCCAGGAGGUAGCUUCACGGCUCCAUAAGGGAGGCCUGGGAUACCUGGAUGACAACAUAGACAUCGAAGAACAGCUGAAAGACACAGAGAGCUUGAAGGACUUCGGCGAGUGCAUCAUCACCAUUCAGGCCUGUGUAAUCAAAAAGUUCCUGCAGGGAUUCAUGGCCCCCAAGCAGAAAAAGAAGAAAAAGCAAGGAGGCGAAGAAAGCAGCAAGGCUGAGGAGGUGGAUGAGGAGAAGAGACUGGCAGAGGAGGCUAGGGUAGCCACAGCGGUAGAGAAGUGGAAGACGGCUAUCAGGGAGGCACAGACCUUUUCCCGCAUGCAUGUGCUGCUGGGAAUGUUGGACGCCUGCAUAAAGUGGGACAUGUCUGCUGAGAACGCUCGCUGCAAAGUCUGUCGCAGGAAAGGUGACGAUGAGAAACUUAUCCUCUGUGAUGAGUGUAACAAGGCCUUCCACCUGUUCUGCCUGCGACCGGCCCUGUACCGCAUCCCUGCCGGAGAGUGGCUGUGUCCUGCCUGCCAACCUACUGUGGCCAGACGUGGCUCCCGUGCAAGGAACUAUAACCAAGACACAGAUGAAGAGGAGAAUGAGGAGGAGUCUGAAGAGGAGGACUCAGAGGAAGAGGAUGAGGAUGAGGAGGAGAAUGACUACAAAGCCAUGGGGCACAGCUUGAGACCAAGGAAGAAAAACAAGCAGUCUUCGUCUCGGCAGAAAAGCUCGAAAAGUAAAUCCAAGAAGCAGUCGUCCUCUAGUAAUCAGAACAGCAAACAGAGGACUGGUCCCAACAGCCCUGCAGACAUCGACGAACUGGUGCGACAGACUUCCCAAUCAGGAGUGCGCAGGCAGGCGCUGGAGCUGGAGAGGUGCGAGGAGAUCCUCAAGAAACUGACGAAAUUCCGCUACAGCUGGCCUUUCAGGGAGCCCGUGUCCCCAGAGGAGGCAGAGGACUACUUGGACAUCAUCUCCCAGCCCAUGGAUUUCCAGACGAUGCUGGGAAAGUUCAGCCAGGGCUCGUAUCGUCACGCCCAGGACUUCCUGGAAGACAUGAAACUGGUCUUCUCCAACGCGGAGGAGUACAACCAGCAGGGCAGCACGGUCCUCUCCUGUAUGGUGAAGACGGAGCAGACCUUCGUCGAGCUCCUCCAAAAGCUGCUGCCCGGCCUCAGCUACCUCCGCCGCCGCUCACGCAAACGCAUCAGCCAAGCUCCUGCAACAUCCGAGGAAGAUGAGGAGGAGGACGAAGAGGAAGAGGAGGAUGAAGAGGAGUCGAAGAAGAAAAUGCAGAAUGGCAAAUCAAACAGGAAGAAAACUCGGAACGGUCGAGGGCGAAGGGACGAGGAGAGUGAGAGUGAGGAGGAGGAGGAGGAGGAGGAGGAGGAAGAGGAGGAGGAGGAAGAGGAGGAUGAUGAUGAUGCUGGCAGGAGGAGAAGUAAGCGGACCGCUGCCACAUCAGGCAGGAAAGAUUACAGGGAGCAGGAUAGCGAUGGCGAGCGGGACACACGGAGAACUCGUCAGCGGGGGGGCCGGGGCGAUGCUGGGGGGGCGAGCAGCGACGAGGACCGGUCCAGCCAGCAGCGACAUUCCAAGAGACAGAAACGCUCAUGAAGUCCAGGGUGCUCUUUUUGUUGUUUUUGUCAUUUCUCUUUGCUUUAACAAAAAAUUCUGUCCCGCUCCUCAAAAACAAAACAACAAAAAAAAGAUCAAGACCCCCUCCAUCUCCUCCUCCUCUCACAGCCAGCGGGGCGUAAUCCUCAGAAGGACUUUUUUGUGUUAUUGAAUUUCUGUUCAUAUUUUGAAAAACAACAAAAGUGAUUUAUAUUUGUAACGUUUAAUAUUGGUGAUGUUUUGAUUUUUUUCAACCAAGAACAGAGAUAAUGGAGAGGUCCUCAUAGCUCUUAAGACUCUUCUGAUUUGAAUUUCAGUUCCACGAUAACAACCUCACACACAAGUGUAAUUUGACUUCAGAUGUUGUCCUGUGAACUGCUUUGUUUUUCACAUUUACCCCCACCCCACCUACCCAUACACCAGUAAAGUGUAAUCAGAUGUCUGUCUUCAUUCAUAGUCCAGCCAUCACUUAACAGGGGUGUUUCAGAAUAGUAGUAAAAUGUUUGUCCCACUCACAUCUCUGUCACAAGUCAUCGUGUUUUCACACACCAACAGUACUAUUUGUUAAAGAGAUGGUGUCAGUGUAGCUGAAAAUCCUCUCAGCUCAGAAACAGCACUGAUGGCUGGUUAUGUUAAUUUUUCUGUCACCUGUAAAUCGCUCUUACUCGUAAGCAUCUUGCCACCAAGAUUAUCUUUGGUCAAAUGCAAGUCUAUAGGUAAAACUUGAUAGGAUUUUUUACUAGUUGUUGUAGUUGUUUUUCCAGCCCAGUUUCACAUUUAUUGUUCAAAAGCUGGGUUGAGACUGCAGAUCUCACAUGUAGUCAUCAACACUUUAAUGCUUUAAAAAAAAAAACAAAACAAAACAACAAAAAAAAAAGUUUAAUCUCAGCUCUUGGUGCCAAGAUGUUUUCAAAAACAGGGACCCGACUCGGAGUCUCAUCCUUGGCGUGUAGAGCUGACCAGCCUUUCCUCCUCGGUAGUGCCCUGCCACUUUAAAAAAGAACCGGUACCUCAAUGCUCAAUGUCAGUUUGCACUCCUGUGUAAAGUGCACCUAUUAUGCCAGCAGCUGCAGGACCAUACUUUAUUGAAAUUAUGUGCAUAAACAUUUGUAAACAGUGUUUAAAACAGCAAAUGUGAUGUUUGUUAAGAAAACGGGCAUUUUUGAAUAUUUGAUAUUUUUUGCACAUUUUAUUUGGUAUUGUAAAUGAUAACUUGUUGAUCUUAAUCACAUCCAAUAAAUUGCGAGGUUUAUCCAGGGCUCUCCUAGUCGAUACAGAGAACAUGUCAGAGUUAAUUAUACUUUUCACUGUCGCAGCAGAAACCGUCACUUGCUUGUACAUUUUGUAACAAACACCUAACCCCCCCCCCCAUCUUUGUUGAUCCUUAUUGUGGGAUUAAUGACACAGAUGUGGGUUAAAGCGAAUCCUCAAGAGGUAAAUGAAGGUUUUCCCAGCAUGUCCUGGUUCAGUCACCAGGUGGUGCUCUCCUCCUGCUUUGCCCCAGCGUUUUCCAGUGUAACACGGUGAUAACUGCUGUGUUUGUAGGACUGCUUUAACACCUGACUGCCACUGUUUUGUGCUCUCACUGUCCAUUAAAACAGAAGAGCUCCAUUAGUGCUGGUAUAUUCUGCCUCUUCAACUUGUUUUGUAGGAACUUCUCCACACUUGGCAGCAAAUUGAUUUCUUUUUUUUUAAUCAGACACAACAUUCACAAAAUGAAAACCUUUUGACUGUGCAGAAGUUCUUGUAGUCUGUGGCGAGGUUUCCAGCAAUGUGUAUAUAUAUACAUACUGAUAAGGCAGUGGUUGGUUUGCCCUCUUCUGUCUGUACUGUGCUGUGCUGUUCUCCUGUGUUUUCUAGUGCUGUUAUCAUCCAGACUUUACUGAUCUCAUUUGGCCACUGAUUGUUUUUCCCUCUUCUUUUUUUCUGUUUAAAUUCGGCUUUGUUCCUGACAUGAUUAACAAUUGUUAAAAUCACUGUUAUGAUUGUUUGACAUUUGAACAAACAAGCAAAAGGUGACUGCCCCUCUCAAAAUAAAACCUGACUGUAAAUGCUUUCUUUUAUUCUUGGAGGAACUGCAAAAGUCUUUUACACUUCCUUUUUUAUAUAUAUAUUUAUAGUCUCUAAAGCUGGGUUUUGGGUAGGUUCGGAGGAUUUACAUGUAAAGAAUUUCCAAUAAAGGCUAUGGACGAAGACCGUAGUUCUCCCUGUUUUAUUUGUGUUGAGCUAACAGACAGACAUCACUGCCAUCUGUAAACCUUGUGAUAAGAUGAUGAACGGGGAGGAAAACGGACUAGCCGUGAUCACCGCCCGUUGUCUAAUUUUACUUUUUAAUAAAAUAUGAAAUGGU